AUGGUCGAUUCUAUCACGCGCAUCACUUCUGCUUUGGAAUCAGCGCGCGAAUUGACCCUUGAAGCAGCAGCUGUAGCAAGUUCGCGGUUCGGAGAGACCUCUUACCAUCGGUAUUCGCAGAAUAUAACCCCAGAGGGACUCCGUUCAUUGUUAAACUCGCGCAAUGAUCGAGAAGUACGCGAUGGGAUGAAAAAAGUAGCUUCGCUGCUGGCUUCGGACGAUUCAACCGUCAAUCUGGAAACGUAUUUCGCAGAUGUGGUUAAGAACGUCGGAUUGUCAACGGACAUCAAAGUCAAGAGGCUUGUGUCAAUCUACUUAUUAAGGUACGCGGCAAAACAGCCCAAUCUGGCUCUUCUGGCGGUCAAUUCUAUUCAGAAAUCGUUAGCGGAUUCAGAUUCGCAGUCUCGUGCGCUGGCGCUCAAGAUGCUCUCUGACAUCAAGAUUCCGUCUUUAUACCCAAUUGUUUUACAUUCCGUGAAAAAGGCCAUUACCGACAGUGCCCCGGAAGUUCGCUGUGCCGUCUGCUUUGCCCUCCUCAAAAUAUACCGUGAACAACGCGAGCAUGUUGUGGAAGAUGUAACUCCAUUGUUGAAAGACCUACUUGCAGAUUCAGACGUAACCGUCAUUUCUUCUGCGGUUGUGUUACUAAAGGAGGCAUUUCCUGAUUCAUUGGAAUUUCUCCACGGCCAUUUUCGCCGCUAUUGUGAAAUCCUGCCACAGCUGACACAGUACUCACAGGUCUACCUGAUCGACUUGCUUACAUUGUAUUGCAAAACAUUUGUGCAAAAGCCUGUGCUAAAAGAUUUGAGUAAUCCUUCUCAAAUUUCAGCUCUUCCUGACGCUUUCAAUGCAGUACCUUUUGCGACUUAUGAUGUUGUAUUCGACUCCGACCUGGAGCUUUUUUUACAAACAAUUGAUAACAUGCUGCACUCUCCUAAUCCCGCUGUUGUCGUUUCCAUAAGUAAGGCUCUUUUCGAGCUUACCCCUCCUGUGACCUUCAAGAAUUCACGAGCUACCGGAGUUUUAGCAAGACUAGUAAGUUCACCAUCUUUCUACAGUGAUCACGGCAUCAUUCUGCAGUGUAUUUUGAUGUAUUGUGCUGUUGACCCUACAACAUUCUCCCCUCUUUUGAAAAAGUUCUUCCUCUUUCCCAGCGAUGAUGCUUGCGCCGCGAUUUACAAGCUCAAAAUCAUCGCAACGCUAAUCGAUAACAACAAUGUCAAACAAAUUGCACAAGAACUCAAGUUUUAUAUCUCAACUGAUCAGCGCCCUGAAAUUGUUCAGGAGGCGCUCAAUUCUCUUGCUGUCUGUGGCACGGUAUCUCAGCGCUUGUCGAUGCAUAUCAGUAAAUGGCUGUUGAGCCAAAUUGCAAAAUCAAACGCGUCUACAUCUUUGGAAUCAUAUGUUGGAGUUAUUAGAUUCUUGAUUCAGGAGUAUCCCUCCAAACAUCUAGGAACAAUGGUACAUUUGUUCGAAACACUGCGAAGUGGAAGCUUUUUAUCAGGGUCGGCAAAGGCUGGUAUCGUUUGGCUUUUCGGAGAAUUUGCUACAAUUAAUUUUGCAAUAUGUCCUGAUGUACUGAGGAUACUGUUACCGGGCUUUUCUUCGGAACCAAAGGAAACCCGAAUUCAGAUAGUUCUACUUGCAGCGAAAAUUCUAUCUUGCGACGUGGAAUACUCCAAGGCAAAGGAUGGUGCUUCUGAUGCUGUUUACGACCUUGAAAAUUCGAGGAUACACAAGCUGGCACAAACCGCUUUUUAUUUAGCCAAGUUUGACGAAGAUUUUGAUAUCAGAGAUUGUGCUAGAAUGUUUUCAUCGCUCUUUGAGAAACAAAAGUUUGAAGUCGCAUCUCUGCUACUUCAGGCGCCUAAACCACCAUCGAUUCGUUGUAUGACCUUUGAUGCUCCGGUCACCUUUGAAAUUGGGAGCAUGGCACGCCUAGGUCUUGAUCAUGACAUGGAGGAUUAUCUCAACCCAUCAAGUUGGAAUAGUGACCAAACCGAUAAAAGCUCAGAACUACGGAAACCAGCAGACCUUAAAGAUUACAGUAAGUUCCAAAAGAGUUUCUCUUCUGCCUCAUUUUCUAAUGCUGGCGAUUAUCGUGAAUCAGCUCAAAGUAGAAGCGGCGACUCGGAGAAGAUGCCUAACACGCCAUCUCGCGUUUUCACCUCGUCUGUGGGCAAAAAAUAUCAGCUCCAAACCUUGGACGAUUUUUUUUCGGAGGUUCCGACAAGGGCAUCCAAGCCGGUUCGUAGAGUAGUGAUCGAAGAGGAUGAAACGUCAAGCGAAGGAGAAACUUCGGAUGCUAGCACUUCGGAGGAAGAGUAUUCAGACGAUGAGACUAGUGAAGAGGACUCAGAAGACGAAAAUUUAGAAUAA